UAUAUAUACUUUUAUAAACUUUGUACUUGUAUUUUAAACAGCACGAAUCGACAUUAUUUGACCCAACUAGGAUACCGUACUCGGCACCGUUUGUUUGUGCUUUAUCAGACUUUAUCAGAAGAAUUGGUCAACGUUAAAGGGUCCGAGGCGUCAUGCACGAAAGAUCACUCCCCGCCUCUCCCAACUGGUACAGCUCGCGUUGCAGUGACGUGAGCAGUAGCGGUUUGCUGGGUGUUGGAGCCAAAAACAUCAUCUAUUUGAUUGAUGUGUCUGCAUCCUCCUGUAGGGUUGUAGGUGAGCUUGUUGGCCAUAAAGACUUGGUGUCAAGCUUUUCGUUCUGUCAGCAUGAGGUGCAGAGUCACAUCUGUGUCAGCUCCUCCAAUGAUGGGAGUGUUUGCUUCUGGGACUCAGACAGCAAGGUUCUUACCAAGGAGCAUGCAGCUCAUCAGAACCCAGUCGCAGCUGUGCACUGGUCUCCAGUGGAUAAAAACCUGGUGGUGUCGGGGGACGAGAAGGGCAUUGUGGUCUGUCACUGGUACAACACAGGAGACACUGCGAGCUUCUUCCCAGAGCCCAGGACCAUCUUCUGCCUCACCUGCUCCCCUCACACCUGGAGCACUGUGGCUGUGGGGUACAAAGAUGGGAUGAUCGUGCUGAUUGAUGUGAGUAAGAAAGGCGAGGUGAUGCACCGUCUCCGUGGACACGAGGAUGAGAUCCACUCGCUGGCAUGGUCGCCACUGGCCAGCGAGGAUGCUUUCUACAGCAGGCCUGAGGACAGUGAAGCAACCAGUGGAGUUUCUGCAGGAGAUGAGAAGGGCUGCUAUCUUGCAUCUGGAAGCAAAGACCAGACAAUAAGGAUCUGGAGCUCAGCGAAGGGAAAAGGUGUAAUGACUCUAAAGCUGCCGUAUCUGAAGAAAAGAGGCUCUGCAGUCGACCCUGGUGUCAAAGAGAGACUCUGGCUCCACGUCCACUGGCCAAAGAGACGACCAACACAACUUGUGUCCAGCUGCUUCAGUGGUGAGUUGGUGUUGUGGGACUUGACCAAGACAGGGAAGCAGAGGUGGACUCUGUUUGGGACGUCUUCAGAGGGUCAGAACCACAGCAGGAUCGUCUUCAACAUGAGUUCCGUCCACCUGCAGGACGACAAAGAACUGCUCAUCAGCACUUCCAUGGACAGAGAGAUUAAAUGCUGGGACCUGGCCUCUCUGGACUGCUGUUGGACUCUGCCCACACUAGGGGGCUUUGUCUACGCCCUGACUUUCUCCCCUGUGGGUGCGGGAUGUCUGGCGCUGGGUGUGGGUGACAACAUGAUCCGGGUGUGGAACACACUGACCACCCAGAACCAGUACGACACCAGGUGUUUCUGGCAGGGCAUCAAGUCCAAAGUCACAGCGCUGGCGUGGCACCCAAAAAAAGAAGGAUCCCUGGCUUUUGGAACAGACGAUGGUAAAGUUGGUAUCUACGAUGUCUUCUCAAACAGGCCUCCUCAGAUAUCGAGUUCCUAUCACAGAAAAACCGUGUACACACUGGCCUGGGGACCCCCAGUCCCCCCAAUGUCAUUUGGUGCAGCAGGAGGAAAGCCGUCCUACAGCCUGUACAGCUGCGCGGGCGAAGGCAUCGUCCUGCAGCACGAUCCCACCAAGCUGAACGGAGAGGCAUCGGACAUCGACAAGCUGAUCAGAGACACCAAUAACAUCCAGCACAAGCUGUCUCCACACACCGACCUCAGCUGGAAGCCAGAUGGGAAAGUGGUCGCCAUCGGCAAUGAGGACGGGUGUAUUGAUGUGUACGAGGCUCCCAGUCUGAAGCUGCUGUGCAGCAUCCAGCAGCACCACAAGAUCAUCAAUACGUUGCGGUGGCAUCACGACCACAGCUCCCCACCAGAGCUGCACUGCCUCCUGGCAUCGGGCUCCAGCAGCGCCACCAUCUACGUGCACGAUCUGCGAUCCAUCAUCGAGAAUCCUCCAGAAAGCCCGGCGGUGUUGACGGAGCCGUACCGCAGGCUGUGUGGUCAUACAGCUAAAAUCACUGGUAUGGCCUGGAGUCCACACCAUGAAGCCAGGCUGGCCACUGUCUCAUAUGAUGGCACAGCCCAGGUGUGGGACGUGCUGCAAGAGACAGCCGUCUCUAAUUACCGGGGUCACGUCGGUUAUCUGCUGUGUGUGGACUGGUCACCCGUUGAUCCGGAUGUAAUCUGGACUGGAGGGAAGGACUUCACCCUGCAAGAGUGGAGAGUCUCCAAACAAGAGUUUACAAAGCCACCUAAAGGAAAAAAGAUGGUCGAACUGAAGGAGAAAAAGAAGGCCAAUCUCAAGAAGAAGGAGAACAAGAAGGCGCCAGGUGCCGGGGGAGCGGCAACACCAGAGAUGAACGGAGAGACGGUUACAGGAGGAGAGAAGGCGGGGCUGUCUGGUGAAGAUGAGGAGGAUGAAGUCAGCUCAACAAACAGUUCUUUGCCUCCAUCGGUUUCAGCUCCUUUUGAGAUGCAAAGACAAUCCUUCACUGCCAUCAAGAGCAAAGACAAACCAGACUUAAACGUGCUGAAGAAGAAGAAGCCUCGCUCCAUGCUGCCCAUCAGUACCUCCAUGGACCAUCGGCCCAAAGAGGACCUUCUACAAGACUGCAUCACUUUAGCGUCUGUCACACACAGCAGUGCUCCCCCUGCAGGGUGUGUCCCAGGCCAGGGAGAACACAUCCAUCUGGGCCUCUUUUCUGACAGACAGGCUUUAUAUCGCAUGUUUGAGGCAGAAGAGGAGGGUCAUGUGGAGACCGGUCACUACGACUCUGUAGUGUACCUGCGGCUGUGGAGCGGAGACCUGGAGGGGGCGCUGCAGCUCGCCACAGAGAAAGGAGAGCUGAACGACCACCUGCUCACCAUCGCUCCUAUGGCCGGGUUCCAGGUGUGGAGCCGGACAGUGGAGGCUUUCGUCAAGCAGCUGUGUCUGCAGGAGCAGUACCUGAAGGCAGCAUCCCACCUGCUGUCAAUCAACAAGCUGUAUGAAGCCAUCGACCUGCUGCGCUCUCACAAACUCUACAGGGAGGCCAUAGCUCUGGUCAAAGCCAGACUACCAGCUGACGAGCCUGUCCUGAAGGAACUUUACACCUGCUGGGCUGCCGUGCUGGAGAAGGACGGACAUUUCUCUGCAGCUGCUAAAUGUUACCUCGCUGCCGGUGCCAGUUUCGACGCUGCUAAAGUCAUCGCCAGGAAGAAUGAUGUCUCCUCGUUGAGGACAGCGGCUAGUCUAGCGAGACUCUCAGGAGAGGUGACUCUGGCUCAGUCCCUGGCACUGCGGUGCGCUAAAGACUUGGCUGCUGCUCAGGACUGGAUUGGAGCCCAGGAGGUCCUGAGCUCACAGGAGAUCCUGCUGGUUCACAGGCUGCAUCUCUGUGUCGCCGAGUUGCUCUCUGUGACACUGGCAGACUCUCAAGCUGCAUCCCAGCCCCACGUCUCCAAUCACACGUGGGCGUCGCCAGGUGAGCAUCACACCAGCAUCCAGGACCAAGUGAGAGACGUCUGGGAGGAGCAGUUUGGUGUUUCACAAAAGUCAGCUGGACACCGUAGUGCUGGAGCUCUUCUGCAGGAGCUGAAGUCUGUGGAGAGUCCAACACCCACCGCCAACAUUCCUCUCAGACAGGUUCAGCUUUAUUCAUCCCUCCAUCUGACCCGUGCUGUGUUGAGCUGGUUAUUGGACGAUGAUGGACAGCUGAUAAAGGAGCUGUGGCAGGCGGUGGCCUGGCUCAGAGAUGCCGGACACUUCUGUGUCUCUGAAGAGCUCUGCAGGCUGUUGUUUCCUGGUGGUGACGUCAGUGUUUGUUCCAGGAAACACAGCAAAAUUCUUCAUCACACAGAAGAAGAAGCCAAAGCUGCUGCCAACAGUCUCCAGGCUUUUGUCCAUUACCACCAUCUGUACAAACAAUGGUGGAGCAGCUCCAUCCAGAUCCAGAGCUCAGUAGUUGAUUCCAGUCCUGGAGAAAAGACAAAAGUGGUGAACGGAGGCGUGUCUGAGUCAGAAGAGAGCAUCCGCCCGGCGACCAGGAGCUGCGAUAAACUGGACUUUGAUGCUUCUCAGCUUCUGUCUCAGGAUCACGCGGCCUCUCAGGCCACUCAGAGGUCUGUGAGAGAGAUCCAGGAGCGACUGGCAGCCAUGGUGCUGCAGCACGGCAGAGGCCAGGGAGGGCAGCUCGACUCUGGGGAGAUAGAGGCAGAAGGUCCCACGGAGGUCUCCCCCACCAGAGAAACAUCAGAAAGUCAGGGGUCUGGUGAUGCUGGGCAACGGCCUCAGCAGCAGGAGUCUCUGCUCUCUCUUUCUGUCAAAAUGUCAGAACACCAGAAACAGCUGGCUGACCUGCCUGACACCAUCAAGAUGUAUCCUCACCCAGAUGUUAUUGAAUGCUGCCUGGUUCUCCUGCACCUCAGCAAGUCUCUGCCGUCCCUCCCAGAGUCCCUCCAACAAGAGGCCAAAGAUCUGCUCCGCAAAUAUGGAACGAAUCCCUCCAUCCUCAAAGCCUCCCGGCAAUUCCUCACCUGAAUCUUUCAUCAGUAGACUGAAAGAAGCACUUCCACUGUACAGCUGUUUUGUUGAAUAAAAAAAUCUUUAAUUACAAA